UCCAAAACGAUUAUUUUCAACAUACCUUAUUUAUUGCCAUGAACUUUCUUCUAUUUUCAUCUCAGUUGCUGAUUUUUCUACUAACACUUUCAAACUCUGCCUCUGCAACAGAGUUCAAGAUCAAAAUUCCGAGGCUUAGUCCUACCGGAGCAGGAUUAACCGUCGAUCAUGAGUUGGAGACUUCAUUUUCGUGGUUGUCAUCACCAUUGUCGACGGACUACAAUACAUUUUAUUACACCCAAACACUCGAUCAUUUCAACUACAACCCAGAAAGUUACACAACUUUUCAACAAAGAUAUGUGAUCAAUUCCAAGUAUUGGGGUGGCUCAAAGAGUAGUGCACCAAUUUUGGUUUACUUUGGUGCUGAAGCACCACUGGAUAGUGAUCUUAAUAUAAUUGGUUUUCUCAGUGAAAAUGCCAUUCAAUUUAAAGCUCUCCAGCUUUAUAUAGAGCACAGAUACUAUGGUAAAUCAAUUCCAUUUGGAUCAUGGGAUGAAGCACUUAAAAAUGCAGGCACUCUUGGGUAUUUUAAUUCAGCUCAAGCUAUAGCGGAUUAUGCAGAUGUGAUCUUACAUGUGAAGAAGAUAUUGAAGGCUGAAAAAGCACCAGUCAUUGUGAUUGGAGGAUCCUAUGGAGGAAUGCUAGCUUCAUGGUUUAGAUUAAAAUAUCCCCACAUAGCUCUUGGAGCCUUGGCCUCAUCAGCUCCAAUUCUUUACUUUGAUAACAUUACACCAGAAGAUGGAUACGACACCAUUGUCACCAAGGAUUUCAGAGAAGUUAGUGAGAAUUGCUACCAAAGCAUACGAAAAUCAUGGUCCGAAAUCGAUAAAAUCGCUGCCAAAAGCAACGGGAUUUCAAUGCUUAGCGGAAAGUUUCAUACUUGCAAACCAUUGAAAGGGCCAUCAGAACUGAAGGACUACCUGGAAUACAUGUAUUCAGUUGCAGCUCAGUAUAAUCGGCCACCUAAGUAUCCGCUAAAUCAGGUCUGUGCUGGCAUUGACGGAGCUUCAGUUGGAAGCGAUACACUCGACAAAAUAUUUGCAGGAGUUGUUUCUUAUAUAGGAAACAGGCCAUGCUAUGUCAAUCAACCCCAAAUUGUUUCUGAAAGUGCUGUAGGUUGGAGAUGGCAGACAUGCAGCGAAUUGGUAAUUCCCAUGGGGCGCAACAAUAAUACCAUGUUCCAACCUGCACCUUUUAAUCUAAAUGCCUAUAUUAAACAGUGCGAAGACUCGUAUGGUGUCCCACCUCGUCCUCAUUGGAUCACCACUUAUUAUGGAGGCCAUGAUAUAAAACUGAUACUCCAGAGGUUCGGUAGCAAUAUCAUUUUCUCCAAUGGCCUGAAAGACCCUUAUAGCAUUGGCGGGGUGUUGGAGAACUUAUCAGACAGUCUUUUAGCCAUUCAUACAAUCAACGGGUCACAUUGCUUGGAUAUUCUACGAGCAAAUAAAACUACGGAUCCUUCUUGGUUAGUAAAGCAGCGAAAAACUGAAGUGGAAAUAAUUAAAGGAUGGAUUGCAACGUACUAUGCAGAUCUUGCAACAAUCUUCAGUAAAUGAAGAUUCCAUAAGGCAAUAUUUGAUUUUAUAAACAUUUCA